UCCCUCCUGCUCCUCAUUGUCGCAGCAGCAGCAGAAGCAGCUGCUGCUCGGUGAAAAUGCCCGGCAGCUGAAGGAUCCCGUGUGUGUUGGGCUUCGUUUUCGGCAGCAUGUGGACUCAGGUCGGGGGGUUCGUUGUGGCGGUCAUCGGCUUCCUGGGCACCAUCCUCAUCUGCGCGCUGCCCAUGUGGAUAAUGUCGGCCUUCGUGGGCGCCAACAUCGUCACCGCUCAGGUCACGUAUCAGGGCCUGUGGAUGAACUGUGUGAUCGAGAGCACCGGCGUGUCCCAGUGUCAGCCCUACUACUCGGUCCUGGCUCUGCCUCAGCAGCUGCAGGUCUCCAGGGCUCUGAUCUGCGUGUCCAUCGGCGUCGCUGCGCUGGCCGUCGGCUUCACCUCGGUCGGGGUCCGCUGCAACAGCCUGCUGUCCUACGACCCCAGGGCCAAAGCCCGCUACGGCAUCGCCGGCGGCGCCGUCUUCGUACUAGCAGGAGUCCUGUGCCUGGUUCCCGUCAGCUGGUCGGCUUACAGCACCAUCACCGGCUUCUACAGCUCCACGACCACCAGCGGGCCGCAGGGAGAGCUCGGCGCCUCCAUCUACCUGGGCUGGGUGUCGGGAGCGCUGCUCGUCAUUGGAGGAGUGAUGCUGUGCUGUACGUACAGAUGCUGAAACGGAGGAGGACAGACCACAGAACACACAGUGCUAAUGUCUUAUUUACUGGGAUGGAUCUGCUCAGUUCAGCUUCAAUUGCACUAUGACAAUCUACGGCUCUAAAGCGAAGGUCUGCAUAUUGUCCUAAGGCUUUAUGCAUUUGGAGCGUUUGGAAUGAAGUUUUUAUUGGUGAAGUCUUUCUGAACUGCUGUUUCAGGAUUUUAACUGAAUCAAAGGGUUAAGUUGAAGUUUUACUGGUUCAUAGGUUUUAACAGUAGUGGUUUAAACCUGGAAACAGUUCUAAAGUUGGUUCAAAUGUUUUUGAAACAACUUGUUUACUGGUGUUUUCCCACCAGUAUCUGACUAAACUGUCUACAUUAUCUUUUGCUGCAUUAUCCAGCAUACGAAGCUAUUAUGUUUGUAUAUUAUUUCCUAAAACGAAUAAACUUACUUUAUAUUUCUGUAUUUUAACAGGA